AUGAAGGACGUCCAGGCGCUCAUAGCCCUGCUAGUCUGGACCCUGCUUUGCCCGGCCAGGGCAUGCAAUGGUGCAGCCGCCUUCUGCGACUUGCCGUUGACCAAGGUUACCUUUGCCACGACGCAUAACUCGGGCGCAUUCAGACUGAAGAUCCCAGAGCUUGUCAAAGUAGAUGUGCCGGGAGUCAACGUUCUUGAUGCCCUCAAAUGCUUCUAUGAGAACCACGACAUGAAGUUCCUGCAGCAGCUGGACUUCGGCAUCCGCGGCUUCAAUUUGGACCUUUGCACGGACAUAGAGAAGCCCGGGAUCUACUUCAACUGCCACGGGUCACCGCCUGCCAUGGGCCUGGACUUCGCCAACGAUUUGGAUCGGUUCAAGGACUGGCUGGAAAAGCAUCCGCAAGAGGUGGUUGUUUUGACGGCUGGCAACUUCAAAGUUGGCUUAAACCCAGGCAAGCAGUGGGAGGAGCUCAUUGAAAGCAAGUUUGGCGGCCCGUGCAUCGAGAUCAACAAAGAGACCAAUGCGUCUAACUGGGCAAACCACAGCGAGGUUUCAUGUGUUGUGGUGAGGAGCCGGCCAGUUGAGAACAUAACCCUUGGGCUUCUGAUCAACAGCAACCUUCGGGUAGUGGUUUGGCCAUUGCUCUGGAAGGAGCAGAGAUGGGUUCACAGCACAUAUGACCCGUUGGUCAACCCAGGAGCCUCCUCCUCGAGCCUUCUAAAAGACUACACGAAAUAUGCAGAAGGCCAAAAGCCCUUAAACGAGAGCACGUCUCUUGUCUUAAAUAUCAUCGGAGCUCCCAAGGUGCCGAAUCCCGCAAAGCUAAAUGCAUGCAAGGACAUCUUUUGCCAGGUAGAAGAAGCAGAAAAGAUGGUAGGCGACUUGGAAUUGUCUUGCAUCAAAGAUAUGUCAACGCGCUUCAACAGAGAUCUACUGCAGGGUGAUGCGACCGAACACAAGUACUUCACCGACGAGACAUGCCCAGAAUAUGCCUGUGGUUGCCUGGGCUACCAGUCACCCCUUGAAGUUCUGCAACAGAAACUGCUCAAGAUGGGUCACGCGAUCAGCCUCCUGUCCGUUGAUUAUCCAGAGAGAGGAAAGCACUCCAACGUUGCGGAUGUUGCUCGGCGCAUGAACGAGGCCACUGUCCGAUUCCUCAAUGGAGAGGAUGAACUGGGCGCGGAUUGGUGGUCUUGUCAUUAUGAUCUGGUCCUAGGUGUCACGCUGUCCUCCGGCCUUGUACUGCUAUGCGCUGCUUGCUGCCUGGCCGCCAGGUUUUGCCCUAAUUCGCUUGGCCGGUGCUUCCGCAUGCCAUAUGAUGCCUACAAGCGACGUGCCAAUGCUCGGGCAGAAGGCAGGGAGAGAGGCCGCGAGGAAGCCUUCGCACACAUGAAAGCACAGCGCGAGGCUGGCUUUGGAAUGAACCCAAGCUAUGGCAUGGCUGGAGGCCAGUACAUGGGUUAUGGCGGAAACCCUGGCUAUGGCAUGCAUGGGGCAGCGCCGCAAGAGAUGGGUUUUGGGGGAAUGGGAAACGCCAACUACGUGAUGCAGGGGAUGGUGCCGCAGCAGAUUCCGCCACGGAACAUCGUGGCGCCAGCUGCUGGCCAACACUUUCAGAAACUUACAGAGACAGAGUGA